AUGGCUGCCUUUAAGAAUUUCCUGCUGCUUUUGACGCUGCUGCUGGCCAUCCAAUUGGAGGCCUCGAAAAUAGUGUACAAGAAGCCGCUGUACGGGAAUGGAAAUAUCGUUAAGGAGAAGCGCCUGAGGAGCAAGGGUCUCAAGCAGGAGGCCAACACCGUGAGCAGCACCACCAUGAGUAGCACCACCAGCACCACCGAAGAAGAUUGGCCCACCGCCGUGGAGUUUGUGAUUGUGACCACGCCCAAGGGCGAAUUGGAAACUAAUUCCGAGUCGAUUAGCAAUGGCAGUAGCACAGAAACGAGCCUCCUGGAGGUCACCUUCUCGGGAUCGUCGGAGGGAUCCACAAAAGCGGGAGAAUCGUCCACGGUCAACCCAACGAUCUCGACCACCUCGAGCAGCAGUUUGGUCAACACAAUUCCCGCGCCCAUAUUGUCGGGAUCAUCGGGACCAUCGGUAUCAUCGUCAGCGGUCCUGGCCCCGCAGGAUAAUCAGCCAGUUCCCUGCACUUGCGGCGUCUUCCUCUCCUCGCAAAUCCCCAACGGACUGCCCACGAAACCGUUGAUCCACCAGGAACUGGAUCGCAUGUUCCCCUGCAAUGCCAUCGGUCGCAAGCAGUGCCAAACCAAGUGCCUGGAGGCGAUCGUCCAGCACCUGCCGAAUUCCGCAAAUAUAGUUUGCUCCGCUCUGGGUCACGAUUGUCACAAGGAACGCGCCUACUUGUUCAUCAAAAACUGUCACAACCAAUGGGUCAAUACGAAUCUGCAGGCGGGCAGGGAGUACUGUUGUCGCUCAGGAGUUCCCUACCGGUGUCCUUUAAUGGGUUAAUACUGUGGAGAUAUAAUAAAAUGAUGGAUAUGAA